AUCAUAGCAUAGCAUAUUCUAUGUGUCUGUUUAGAGAGAGAGAGAGAGAAAGAGUGGACUUUUGUUCCUUAUUUUGUGUUUUAUUCUUUUGUUUUGGUCAAAUAAUAAAACACUUUCUCUCUUUCUUAUUGCUUCCAUCUAAACAUAACAUAAACUCAUAAACAAAACAAACAAACACCUUUCACUUCACUUCAUUUUUCAUUUCAAUUGUUAGCUCAAUUAUGUUCCUUUUCAGUUUCAUCCUCAAUUUCUUCAUGGUUUGUUCAAGUUCGUCUUUUGAAUAAGAUACCUGUUAACAUGGUUUCUUCGCAAGGAAAUGCUGAUCAAAACGGUUCGACUGAUAAAGAACAGCAGCAAGUGAGUCCUCAGAAGGAGAUCGCGUUGUCACAAGAGGUUGAUGAUGCAGCUAAAAAUGAAUCAUCGGAUUCUGAUGGCAAUGCCAUGGCGAAUGAGUUGCCUCCGUCGCCAGACUCUUCGCCGCUCGAGACACAUUCCCAGAGCCCAGGUACUCCUUCGAAUGAAUUGCCUCCGUCGCAGUCUAGUCAGCGCGCUUCCGCUGUAAUACGCGAAAAGGUAACGUCAGAUGGCUAUAACUGGCGAAAGUAUGGCCAGAAAAGCCUCAAGGCGGAAGGAUUUAAAAGGUGCUAUUACAAAUGUUCGUAUCCAAACUGCCCGGCGAAAAAGAAAUUUGUGAUGUCACCCGAUGGAAACUUCGAAAAUUACACUUACGCCGGUCAGCAUAGUCAUCCUAUACCUCAAUCGAACACCAUACCAUCGGUUGAACGUGUUCUUCCUGCUGUUGAACAAGGACCGCAGCAAUCCUCUUUGGCCGACAUGGAAGGUCAAGACAAAUCAUCGGUUGAGUGUGAAUCUACGCCUCAACGGAUCAGUCCUUUACGUUGCUGUCCACCUUCAAAUGCUUCCGAAACUCCUGACUCAAAGCGGCAGAAGACAGACGACAAUAACACUCAUACCGUUGGAGUUGACAUGUCAACUGGUGAAUCUCGCUUCGUUGUUCAUACUCCAAGUGCAUCCGGAAUCGUAGAAGAUGGGUAUCGCUGGCGCAAAUACGGGCAAAAAAACGUUAAAGGGAAUGAAAAUCCAAGAAACUAUUAUCGAUGCACGUCUCCUGGAUGCCAUGUCAAAAAGCAUGUUGAAAAAUCCUCUGAGAAUCCAAUAAAUAUCAUAACUACAUAUGAGGGAGAACAUGAUCACGAACCCCCUACUGCAAGACGCGUUCCUUGUAAUACAAGCAAGCCGAAAAACAAAUCUGGAGGCGAUAGUGUUUGUGUCGCUAUAGUUCCGUUUCAAGCGGUCGUGUUUCCUAACGAUGUUCUUGAAAAUAAUUUAUCCGAGGAAGAGCAACAAAAUGAAAACCCUACUACCAAAGACGAUCCCGAAGAAGAGCAACAAAAUGAAGACGCUGGUACCAAAGACGAUCCUGUCAGCAACAAUGCCGUGAUAUCCGAGCCAAGUGCCGAAGUUCCAUGCACAUCAAAUGAACAUGAUACUGUUAAGGUUUCUGGCCAUGAUACUCCUAGUACUACAUGUGAACUCAAUAAGGUUCCUGAAGAUGGAGCUAGUGAUUGAAGAUUAUAAAUAGUUGGAAUUGACAUAGGUUAUAGAGAUUCCUAUUCUAACCUUCUAUUUUCACUUUUUCUAGCUCAUCUUUACUUGUCUGGCCUGGUUGACUGCAUAUUCAAAUCACAGUGAUUUAUUACAUUGGAUGUACAUUUUGGUACAUAUCUAUGUAAAAUUCCAAUAUAUUGUGAUUAGCCUCUAAUUCAUGUUUGGGGCAUGGUGAUGCCUUGAGUUGUCUUUCUUACUUUGAUUGAGUUUAAAAAAUGUUAUGCGGAGUUGUAGUGUUUGAAUAGAGCAAUAGCUCUUUUCUGGGUCGGGUUUAUGUCCCUAGAUUAUUGAUCUUUUUUGGACCGGGUUUAUGUCCCUUAGGAUAUUUGUGCUUUUUUAGGUCAAGUUUAAGUUUUUUAAGGUCUUUUGUUCUUCAAUAAGUCGGGUUUUGUUUUUUCCCCAAAUCGGGUUUUGUUUUCCCAAAUUAUUGUUCUUUUCUAGGUUAGAUUUAUGUCUUCUUUUUAAGUUUAGGUUUAUGUCGCUCAGCUUAUUUGUUUUUCUUUUUAGGGUUUUCUGGGCAGGUUUAUGUCCCCCCAGAUUAUUUGUUCUUUUAUCCUUUUCAUUAAUAAAAAUGAUUGUUAGGUCU